AUGGUAACUCCAGAUUCUUCAACCUCGUCAGAUACCAACAGUCGCUAUUACAUUCAUCAUGGAGAAAAUCCCAAUCAAUCACUAGUCACCGAAUUGCUCAAUGGUGAAAACUAUGCUACUUGGAGUCGAUCUGUACAAAUGGUUAUCUCUGCCAAGAACAAACUUGGCUUCAUCAACGGAAAAUUCGAGGCUCCAUCGUCAACCAAGCAGCCCGACGAAUAUGAGUUGUGGGAGCGUUGUUACAAUAUGAUUCUUUCAUGGCUCGAGCAUUCAGUAGCAUCCGAUCUUGCAUCUAGCGUUGUCUUUGCAUCAACAGCCCACGAAGUGUGGGAAGAUUUCCGUGAGCGUUUCGCUCAAGGUAACGCACCUAGAAUCUACCAAAUCCAGAAGGCAAUUGCUUCACAUAUGCAAGGUACAUCUACCGUCGGUGCUUACUUCACUAAAUUAAAAUCUUAUUGGGAUGAGCUUUCAGUUUACCAUCCUCCUCCAACUAGUGAACACACCAAAGUCCUAGCCAUAGAAAAACAGAAGGAACAAGAUCGGUUAAUGCAGUUUCUCAUGGGACUUAAUGACUCCUAUAAUGCCGUCCGAGGACAGCUCCUCCUUAUGAAGUCUCUUCCAAAUGUGCGCGAAGCAUACAAUUUUGUCACUCAAGAGGAGAAACAACGGGAAAUUGGAAACAAUUCAAUUGCCGAAAAUUUUUCAGUAGCAACGGCUGUUCGAAGUUUCAAGAAUUCCAACAACAAAUUUUCCGGUAACUCGUUUUCUCAUUCUUCCUCUAAUUCCAAUAGUGAGGGAUUAUUUUGUAGAUAUUGCAAGGACACGCAUAAAAUUGAGACAUGUCCUAAACUCCAUGGAUACCCACCUGGGCACCAACGCCAUGACCCCAAUUUCAAGUCCAAAGCUCGCCAGCCAAACCAAGGCAAUAGUCAUAGACAAGGACAACAUAUGGACCAGUCCUCACACCAUGCUUUCCAUGCCAUCCAUGCAACAGCAAAUGCAGCAACAAAUGCUGCUGGGUCCCAGCCUACCAAUGGCUAUAAUCCUCACGGCUCCACUUCUAUUUUGUCUUCCCAUGACAGCCAUCCUUUUUAG